AUACUACGCACGUACUUGCUCUCACACCCACUCCAUUUCUAUCUUCCUAUCCUCAGCAAAUUGCAUUCACGGACGGAUACAAGGGAGAUGCUGGAAAGGUCUUGUUCGUUGGGUUUUUUUUCUUGAAUGUAUUUUUUCUAUAAUUAAUUAGAAACUCAGCUCUUUUCCGAUCUUGUCCACCUCUUUUCCGAACGGUAAAUUUUUCCUUCUUUCUCUCUGUUUUUUUUUUUCCUUUUCCAUUUGUGCUCUCUGGUUCUCUGUUUUGUUCUUUGUUUUCGCUUUUUUGCAUGAUUACUUAAUAUUCUUUCUUUUAUUUUAAUCUCCUUGUGAGCGGUCUCAAUAAAAUUUUAAGAAUAAAAGCUUCAAAUUUUAACCUAGCUAGAUUUGUUAUGUUUAUUCCUUGUUCUUCUUUGUGGGUGGGAUGGUAUGUAUGUUGAACGCACUGAAAAACUAUCACUUGGGUACCCUUUAUUUUUUCAAAACUUUGGAGUUGGUUUUUGUCGUGUGAAUCUCUUAUUAUGAAUUUUCGAGUUAAUUAUUUUUAUUUAAUUUGCUUUUAGGAGGAAGCUUUCGUUUGAUUCUAUAUUUUUUUCUUUAUAUUUUUUUUUAAUAAAAAUUUUAUGUGCAGUUAUUUUGCCUACUCUUUUAUGCACUCUACUGAUGUGCUUGGUUGUGUAUUAAAAGAAAUUAAUCAAGCCAAUUAUAUAAGUGGAGUGCACAAAAAAUACAUAAAAGUGACUGUACCUAAUAUUACUUUUUCUUUAAUUUGUUUUCAAAGCAUAUGGCAGGUUUGAUUCUCUCUCCUUUGUUUGCAUAUUUAAUUUGAAUAUUGCACUUCUGGGUACCCUUUAACUUGAUUCUCGUUUGAUUCCAGUUUUGAUGAUUGGCGAUUAUGAAUAAGAAAGAUAAACAUCCUGUUUAUAAACUUAGUACUUUUUCAUGGACCCUUCUAAACAUUUCAACUUUUGAAUUCAUUCUCCUGUAAAGAAAGAUGUGAUUUUAUUUCGUUUAUACGAUUUAUUGUUCAUGGAUCACCUUUUUUAGUUGACAAAAGCAUAUUCUUUUAAUUGUAACACGUGCUUCAAAGAUCUCUCUCUCUAGUUCGUGCGACCUCACAGUAACUGGAUUUGCCUCCUUGCGUUUCUUUCUUUGGGACUUCUGGAUGAGAGUAAAUUUCUUCUGAAAUUGACCUUUUCCUUGUAUCUGAGGUUUUAAGGGCACUAGGAAGAAUUGCAUUAUUGCCUUGCAUAAUUUGCUAGGGGUUUGGUAACAGGACAAGUAUAAAUUGAAGGAUGGGUUAUUUAUGUGAUUUUUGUGGGGAUCAUAAGUCCAUGGUAUAUUGCCGGUCAGAUGCUGCAUGCUUAUGCUUGUCAUGUGACCGAAGUGUUCACUCUGCUAAUGCCUUAUCCAAACGUCACUCGAGAACAUUAUUAUGUGAAAGAUGCAAUUCACAACCUGCAUUAGUAAGAUAUGCCCAAGAAAUGAUCUCUCUUUGUCAGAAUUGUGAUUGGAUCGGUCAUGGCACUUCUACCUCAACUUCAACACACAAGAGACAAAAGAUCAACUGUUAUUCUGGGUGCCCGUCAGCUGCAGAACUUUCUUCAAUCUGGUCAUUCGUAUUAGAUUCCCCUUCUGUGGGUGAAUCUACUUGUGAACAGGAACUAGGAUUGAUGAGCAUAAUGGAAAACAAUGCAAAAACUGCUUUGGGCCAUUCAGAAAACAACAUGAGUCAAAAUAUAUCUAGUUCAGUUGAAUUGAAUGCUGUGCACAGCUUGAAGAAGUGCAAUGUUUGGGUUGGAUCCUCUCAGCCUCACAUUCUGGACCAACCGGCUGGUUCUUCAAAUGCAUUAUUGCCCAAGUUAUGCUGUCCUAGUAUAAAAAAAGAUCCUGGACUCUGUCAAGAAGAUGAUCUGUAUGAAGAUUUCAAAAUGGAUGAAGUGGAUUUGAAUAGUGAAAACUAUGAAGAACUCUUUGGUGUAGCUCUCAGUCAUUCUGAAGAGCUUCUUGAAAAUGGUGGUAUUGGUAGCUUGUUUGGUACAAAGGACAUGUCUGCUACUGAUUCCAGUUGUCAGGGUGCAGUUGCUGCUGAGGUUCGAGAAAAGAGUGAGGUAUGCCUCUCGCAAAGCAAGGGCUGAUGUAAGAAGACGUGUUAAGGGGCGCUUUGUCAAAGUUGGUGAUGCUUAUGAUUAUGAUCCAUUGACACAAACCAGACGCUAUUGAGAGUACGGUUUUAACCAUGCUUUUAAAAGAAAAGAAUCUCUUGAUGGUCUGUUGGAGGCAUCAUUUAUUGUUGCCUAAAGAAUGGAUGACAGCAAUGCAUAUUUCCCUGUGCAAUGACAUACCGUAUUAUUAUAUCCGAGUGGCCUCACUUAGCGGGCAAUAAGAAAGAUUACAUCUGUGGGGCCAUGGUUUUCUUCAGGAUUGGGAAAGGAGAAGCUUACCGUUUCUCUCUAGCCUAAUUAACGAUCGUUGUAAUCCAAUAGCCAUGUCAUGGUGGGUGGCCAUACUCACAUUAGGAUUUGGCCAAACAGAAGCAAUGCAAUGGAUGAAGAUGUUAGCACUUCUAAUGUUAUCGUUUCUUUUUUAAUUCAUAGCGUGGGAUUCAUAUUCACCAAAAAAAAGAAAAAGAAAAAGAAAAAACUUGUCCUACAUUUCUCUUCAUUCCAUGAGCAUGUAUUAUUGUAUAGCACGUGAUUAUAUAUUUUGCUUUGGAGAGGGGAAUCUUGUGGUUCUACGUCAGUGUAAAUAUUUUGGGUUGCCAUAAGUGCGAAAGAAUUUUAUGUUAAAGGAACUGUGCGGAUAGUUUGCUGGGCUUUGUUUUCCCGUAGAAAAGUUGUAAUAGCACUGGAUCUAUAGUGUUGACAGCCAGUUUAUGGCAUUGUCUAUAAUUGUUAUACUUCGGUGGUAUUAUGAUAAUAUAUGGCCUUCUUGUUUGCUACAA